AUGCUCUCUAUAUUAUCUACUGCCACUCUAUUUGUUGCUACUGUCCAAGCUGCUGAUUUCUCUUCAUCAUGUCCACUUGAUUCGCCAAUCUCUUGCUCCAACAGUGGUGAUACUUCAAAUAGUUGUUGUUAUGAAAACCCAGGUGGUAUUAUUUUGUUUACGCAAUUCUGGGACUAUAAUCCAGCAUCUGGGCCGGCUGACUCAUUCACCAUUCACUCGAUUUGGAAUGAUUAUUGUUCUGGUGGUUAUCCUCAGUUUUGUGAUACCUCUUUGGAAAUCGACAGCACUGGUAGCACUAUCAAGUCGAUUGUUGUUGACCAGUUUGGAGACCAAACUUUAUAUGACAACAUGAAUAAAUACUGGACAGAUAUCAACGGGAACAAUCCAAAGUUUUGGGCUCACGAAUUCAACAAACACGGAACUUGUUUAAACACUUUGAAUCCAUCUUGUUACUCCAAUUACAAGCAAAAUGAAAAUGUCUAUGACUACUACAGUCUCGUUUAUCAGUUAUUCCAAAAAUUACCAACCUACCAAUGGUUAGCUAGUGCUGGAAUUAAACCAUCAACAACUGCUACUUAUACCUUGUCACAAAUUCAAAAUGCUUUGAAGGGUAAAUUUGGUGCUGAAGUUUACAUUGCUUGUGACUCCAAUAAUGCUAUUAAUGAAGUUUGGUACUUUUACCACAUCAAGGGAUCCAUCUUGCAGCAGAAUUAUCUUCCAAUAGAUACUGUUUCAAAAACCAACUGUCCAAGUUCUGGUAUUAAGUUCCCUCCAAAAGGUGAGUCCGCUGGUAAUACUUUAACCACAAAAACAACUGGAACUACUACUUCUGGCUCUGGAUCAACUUCAGUUCCAGCUACAUCUUAUAUUAACUUGACGGGGAAAUCGGGUUGUCUUAUAUCUAAUGGUAAAUACUAUACCUCUGGAACUUGUGCAACUUAUCAUUUUACCGCCGGUUCUUCUGGUAAUACGCAAAUCACCUCAUCUAAAGGUAACUGUGGAGUUGAUUCCAGUAAUCAGUUUGUUUGUAGUUCUUCAACUAGUGCAACUGAUUUCCAGGUAUCAGGUGGUAAUAUUGGGUACAAUGGUAACUUUGAUUGGUGCUUGGGUGCUGUCGCUGGGUCUGGAUCGACUGCCCAAACAAGUGUUAAAUUGUCUGAUGGCUCAUGUAGCUCUUUCCAAUUGACACUUUCAUCAUAG